AUGUCGUUGCAUUAUCCUCAAGGAUAUCGGUAUCGUCCGGCGAGCAAAGCCGUUGGAGGUGGGAACGUGGAACAGGGGUCUGACAGUGACGUUGCCGAGCUUAGCGAUCUCGAGGAUGACGAGGACGAAGACGGGGCCGGACAGUCAUCCAGCAGACGCAUCAUUCGCCAACGGAGGGACGACGACGAUGACGACGACGACGAUGACGACGAGGACCAAGAGGACGAGGAUGAAGAGGAGGAGGAUGACGAUGAGAACGAUGAUGACGAAGGGGAGGACGAGGUGGAUGGCGACGAGCUACCCUAUCCUGGUUUCGUGUCGGUUGCCUUGCGAUACCUUGACCAGAAUACACGACCGCGCAACUGGUGUCUGGCGCUCAUCACUAAUCCGUGGUUCGAAAGAGUGAGCAUGAUGGUAAUUCUUUUGAACUGUAUCACACUCGGUAUGUACCAGCCGUGUGUCGACGACCAAUGUGUAACAAACCGCUGUAAAAUAUUACAAAUGUUCGACGACAUAAUUUUUGCCUUCUUUUCCUUGGAAAUGACAAUCAAAAUGGUCGCGAUGGGGAUAUACGGCAAAGGGACUUACCUCGCUGACUCCUGGAACAGAUUGGACUUCUUCAUUGUGGCUGCUGGAGCUCUGGAAUACUGCUUGAACGUGGAAAAUAUGAAUUUGUCGGCGAUAAGGACGAUACGAGUCCUGAGACCUUUACGUGCCAUCAACAGAAUUCCAAGUAUGCGGAUAUUAGUGAUGCUUUUACUCGACACUCUUCCUAUGCUGGGCAAUGUGCUGCUGCUGUGCUUCUUCGUCUUCUUUAUAUUCGGUAUCGUCGGUGUGCAACUGUGGGAGGGCAUCUUACGUCAACGGUGCUUCCUAAAGGCUCUACCCAACGUCAAAUAUCCCGACGACCUUGAGAAGUACUUCGAGUAUCAGGGUCAGGACUACAUUUGCUCUCGUCCCGACGACAACGGAAUGCACUCUUGCAGUAACUUGCCACCGCUUAAGUUUGGAAAUGUGGUUUGCAACAGUACCGCGUUACCGAACAACAAUACAACGUUUAUCACCAACGACACCUGCGUUAAUUGGAAUUACUACUAUACGGAGUGCAAAGGUCAGGGUAACAAUCCUUUCCAAGGGACAAUAUCGUUCGAUAAUAUUGGUCUUGCCUGGGUCGCAAUAUUUCUCGUAAUCAGUCUUGAAGGAUGGACAGAUAUUAUGUAUUAUGUACAGGAUGCUCAUUCUUUUUGGGAUUGGAUAUAUUUCGUCCUUUUAAUUGUGAUUGGUUCCUUCUUCAUGAUUAACCUUUGCUUAGUCGUAAUAGCAACACAGUUCUCAGAGACGAAGAAACGAGAGAUGGAACGAAUGCGACUGGAACGUGCUCGGUUUCAUUCUACAUCAACCCUUGCAUCAUCGACAAAUACUUCCGAACCAACUACGUGUUAUGCAGAAAUUGUCAAAUAUAUUGCACAUCUAUGGAGAAGAGGGAAGAGAAGACUAAUGAAGAGAUAUCGGGUAUAUUUAUACAAAAGGCAACAGAAACGCGAGCAAAAUUUACUUAAAGAACAACGGCAACACGGACAUCCGUUUCGAGGGAGUACAAGCGGUGCUGAUUCAAAUCGAUCUGCAGGUAAAGAUAGGAGACUUCACUAUGGAAGGUGUCCUCGGUUGUUGGCGGCACUCGAGUACGCGGAACAACAGCAACAACAGCAGGGUAUCGGCAGCGGUGAUGGAUCGCUAACUGAUUUUACGGCCAAUAGUCCACCAUCGCAGGGUGCAAUUCUGGCUACUGCCGUUAGCAAUAAUGGCGGGAGUAAUGGAAAUUUAGCUGUUGCACCCCGCGCUAGUCCUGAAAUUUCCGAGGCAGACGUUUCUUCGAAUGUGGGCCAUCGCUUAGGUCUCCAUCGAACUUCAUCGGUCUCUUGUAACGGAAGUGACAAUGUCGUCUCCAAUGCUACUGAAGCCAGCAUACAGACAAACAACGCGCUGCUAAGUCCACCUUGUACGCAUUAUCGUAGAAGAAGUAGCGUGAUGUUCAACGACGUGGUAUUGUUGCAUGGCAGCAAUAGCGUGGGAAAUGCAUUGCAAGCUGGAUCUAUAGUGUCACCUGGCGAAAGGAACGUGUGUUCGAGCGAAAAAAUGACCCAAACCGGAGACGGCAAUGUUUGGUCGAGUCCACUGCCAGAUCACAUACAGAUGCAAGCUGAAUUGGGUGGGAACGAAGCUAUGACCUGUCAGGAAUUAUUAGCACUGAGCGGGGCUCUAAGCGCAGCUUUACCAACUGGACAAUUGGCAUUGGAUUCCUUCCUCAAUUCGCUUACAAAAGGAAUAACGGACCGACAUAUUACUUUAGAGGAUCGUACACAAUGGUUGGUGACGGAUGUUGAUAAUUGUUCCUGUUGUUGCGAACACCAGGGCGGCGAUCAAUGGCCAGAGGAAGGUGACAAAUGGACUAAAGCUUCACGGGCGAAGAGAGUCCUUAGGACUUGCGGAAGUCGUUGUGUCUGCGCGUUACGUUGCAUAAGACGGUCGAUCAAGAAACUGGUCGAGCACAAAUACUUUCAACAGGGUAUUUUAUUGGCAAUUUUGAUCAAUACUUUGAGCAUGGGAAUAGAAUAUCAUAACCAGCCAGCACAAUUGACUGUGGCGGUUGAAAUAAGCAAUAUCGUAUUUUCCGCUGUCUUCGCCGUGGAAAUGUUAUUAAAAAUAAUCGCGGAGGGCCCGUUUGGUUACAUCAGCAAUGGAUUCAACGUCUUCGAUGGGGUCGUUGUGGUCCUCAGUGUCGUGGAGAUCUUUCAAGCAUUCGUGGAAGAGAGAAGCGGUAGUUCCGGCUUGAGUGUUCUAAGGACCUUCCGUUUAUUGAGAAUCCUGAAGCUCGUACGAUUCUUACCUAACCUAAGAAGACAACUGUUCGUGAUGCUGCGUACCAUGGAUAACGUUGCCGUAUUCUUUUCCCUUUUAGUACUUUUCAUCUUUAUAUUCAGCAUCCUAGGGAUGUACCUGUUCGGGGGUAAGUUUUGCAUGUGGGCGGACCGGAGUCGGCCCUGCACCUGUGCCGAGGUGGUCUCGCGGCACCCAAUGUGCCGCUGUGAUCGCAAACAUUUCAACGACAUCGUCUGGGCACUAGUCACGGUCUUUCAGAUUUUAACGCAGGAGGAUUGGAACGUUGUGCUGUUCAACGGAAUGCAAAAGACGUCCCAUUGGGCAGCGCUUUAUUUCGUCGCGUUGAUGACUUUCGGAAAUUAUGUUCUUUUCAAUUUACUGGUUGCUAUUCUGGUCGAAGGAUUUUCUUCGGAGAGGAAUGAAAGAAGGGAAAGAGAACAAAGGGAAAUGGCUAAGCUGGCUGCCAAAGAAGCUGGAAUGGGCAGCGACGAUGGAUCAUCCAGAAUAUCUAGAUCCCAUUCGAUCACUGACAGCGAUACUUGUACUCAGGAUCGGAAAAAUUCCUGGCAGAGUGCGGAGGAGUUGCGAAAAUAUAAAGAUAACAACAGCAGAGAAAAGCAAAAUACUGUCUGGAAGCAUCAAAUGGACGAGCCAAAGUGCAACAUUCAGAAGGAAAAUAAAAUGAUGGGUGGCACGGGACAGCCACCCAUAAUUACUCACACAGCAGCCACCCCUCAAGAUUCACCAAACACUACCCUCGAUGUUGGAUACAGAGAUCUGAAUUGUCGAGCUGUUUACCCAACUGCAGCACUGUCAAUUGAAUCUAUCGAUCGUUCAGGAAGUCAGUGCAGCAUCCCUUCGGGCCUGUUGAAAUUACCAGACGUUUCAAACAAAAUACCAACUAAGAAUCUUAUCGCCGGGCAAUUUUCCCAACGAAUAAGUCUCGUUACCGCUGUUGUUAAUCCUUCGACGAGGGAGUUAUCUAGUUCAAGUCCGCCAAGAAUACAAAGAGGCUAUUCAUGGAAAUUAUCACGGCCAUCCCUAAGGAGGAAACGUUGGUCACAGACAGAAGACGAGGAGCCUGGCCGAACUACUGUUUUAAAUAAUGGUCGAAGCACUCUACUCGGUUCCAAUUCAACUUUCAACGGUGGUUACUUGCACGGUUCGAUAAGAAACGACACGCAGAGUGACACGCCGAAUAAUAGAACGACCGUCCUAACAAGCAAUACUCGUAGCCUCAGCCCCAAUAAUUCCAUUGAAAGUCGUAGCUCUUCUAUACGACAUUAUACAACAACGCCUAAUCAGAUGCGAUGGAUUAGCGACCUUUCACGAAGAAAUUCACUACGUGGAAACGAGAACGUCCAGUCGCCAACAAGGAAAACCCUACCUCUGGACGAGGCGCCUAUGCAAUGCUCAACAGCACGUACAAUCAAUAAUUUGUCGAUGGAGACUGGCCCACUGCCCAGAAUUAAACGACUUUCCGAUCAAGAUGAUGACAAUCCUCGUAUCGACGAACAGACACCCCCUUUGAAUGGUCAUGGAAGCGCUAGCAGUAUUGAAAAGAUUAAGAAGAUCUUCAUGUUUUUUGAACCUAAAGGUUGCCUUAAGGAACGCGAUGAUUAUUCGCUGUAUCUCUUUCCACCAAAUAACAGAUUUCGUGUACUGUGCCGAUGGUUCGUCGACCAGAGAUGGUUUGAUAACGUGGUUCUUUUUUUCAUCGGUCUUAAUUGUAUUACCUUGGCAAUGGAACGGCCAAACAUACCACCUGAUAGUGGAGAAAGACUUUUUCUAGCAACUGCGAACUACAUUUUUACCGGCGUAUUUGCUAUUGAGAUGUUCAUCAAGGUUGUUGCAUCUGGUAUGUUUUAUGGUUCCGACGCUUAUUUUACUUCAGGUUGGAACAUUAUGGACGGAGUUCUUGUGAUUAUUUCCAUAAUCGACUUAUCAAUGUCCCUACUUUCAUCGAGUAGCCCAAGAAUAUUUGGAAUACUGAGGGUUUUUAGACUUUUAAGAUCAUUGCGACCAUUGCGGGUUAUUAAUCGAGCCCCUGGUUUGAAACUGGUCGUUCAGACAUUGUUGUCUUCUUUACGACCUAUCGGCAACAUCGUUUUGAUAUGCUGUACUUUUUUCGUAAUCUUUGGUAUCUUGGGCGUGCAGCUCUUCAAGGGUGCCUUUUAUUAUUGCGAAGGGCCUGAUAUUAAAAACGUACGCAAUAAAACGGACUGCCUGGCUGACAAACGAAACGUUUGGUUAAAUAGAAAGUAUAAUUUCGAUGAUCUCGGGAAAGCUUUGAUGUCGUUAUUCGUGUUGUCUUCGAGAGAUGGAUGGGUGAACAUUAUGUAUACUGGACUUGAUGCUGUUGGCGUCGAUCAACAGCCAAUCGAGAAUUACUCUGAAUGGCGGCUGCUGUAUUUUAUAGCUUUUAUCUUGUUGGUAGGUUUUUUUGUGCUUAAUAUGUUCGUGGGCGUUGUGGUGGAGAAUUUUCAUAGGUGUCGUGAAGAGCAAGAGAAAGAGGAACGGGUAAGAAGAGCUGCUAAACGGGCCCUACAGAUGGAAAAGAAACGACGAAAAAUGCAUGAACCGCCAUAUUACACGAAUUACUCGAAAUCCAGACUGUUCGUUCACAACGUUGUAACAUCCAAGUAUUUCGACCUAGCAAUUGCUGCAGUAAUCGGCCUGAACGUUGUCACAAUGGCGAUGGAAUUUUACAUGAUGCCAAAGGCUUUGACUUACGCUCUAAAAAUAUUCAAUUAUUUCUUCACGGCAGUCUUCAUUCUCGAAUCAUUCAUGAAACUCCUCGCAUUGGGUUUGCACCUUUACCUCAAAGACAAAUGGAAUCAGUUGGAUGUAGGAAUCGUGAUACUGUCGGUAGUUGGUAUCGUUCUCGAAGAAGUUGAGUCGAAAAUCAUCCCGAUCAAUCCUACUAUAAUUCGGGUGAUGCGAGUUCUACGAAUUGCUAGAGUUUUAAAAUUGCUGAAGAUGGCAAAAGGAAUACGAGCCCUUUUAGAUACGGUAAUGCAGGCGUUACCGCAGGUUGGGAACUUAGGUCUUCUAUUUUUUCUGCUAUUCUUCAUAUUUGCUGCUCUUGGUGUGGAACUUUUUGGUCGUUUGGAAUGUAACGACGAAAUGCCCUGUCAAGGGCUCGGCGAGCACGCCCACUUCAGUAAUUUUGGGAUGGCAUUUUUAACACUUUUUCGAGUAGCUACUGGUGAUAAUUGGAAUGGGAUUAUGAAAGACACGUUAAGGGACGACUGCGACGAAGCAGCAGACUGCGUGAAAAAUUGCUGCGUCAGCACUAUCAUAGCCCCUAUAUUUUUCGUAAUUUUUGUGCUUAUGGCACAGUUCGUUCUUGUAAACGUCGUCGUUGCUGUGCUUAUGAAGCAUCUCGAAGAAAGUCAUAAACAGAUGGAAGAUGAGCUUGACAUGGAAACGCAACUGGAAAGAGAAUUAGCAGCAGAACAAGAAGAAUUAUUGGAAGUCGAAGAAGAAGAGGAAGAGGAUGAAAUUGUGAAACGAGACAGGACAGGGGAUGAUGGUGUAGAUGACGAUGAUGAUGCAAGAGAACGCGAUUCCAUUUUAGUACCAAAUGUAAAGAUUUCUGCGAGCAGACCUGGUCUUGCUAAAGUUCGUUCCUUACCUGCGAAUUUUAUUUAUAAUCCACCAAGAAAAGCGAGCGCAGAUGAUGGAACAAUAUCUGCGUCACUAUCACGUCGCAGUUCGUAUCAUCGUUCCAGUUCAAGACCGUCCAAGUUCAAAUCAAAACGUCGACAAACGUUUCAUUCGGGGCAUCAUCAACAGAGGUCCCUACUGCCGAUGCACUUUGAGGUUGUCGAAGUUUUCGAGAAGUCUAUGAGCAAUCUAAGCGUGCCUCGAAUUAUUUCUCAACGGAAUUAUGAUGCAGCGAGUCGAGACAUCAAUCACGCGCAACGUAAAAGGUUACAGGCAACCAGCGACGUGCUUGAGAACAAAUCACUACUGAGCGUGAAGAAGCCACCAGCGAGUUCUUCCCCGGUAACACCGGCUGGUUCGGUGACCACCCUGACCUGUCCGAAACUGAGCAGCGAACGUUAUCUUUUACCAACGGCUAAUAUUUACCCGUCCAAGGCAACGUUAAACCGCCGGGCAUUCAGCGACACGCAAUCGCAGUCCGACACGAAUGUCAGCACUGUUAGCAACAUUGGAAGCAACGUAUCGAGAACCCCGAGCGUGGUAAACAGUUACGCUGAGAGCGAAGCAUCGAAGAACGGCACGAAAUCAGAGGAAGUAAGAGCGAAGAACGAGCGACGUGUAUCCGCGCCACCAAUGGACGAUCUCGACGUGCAAUCCAUUAUUAACGAAAGGAGACCGUCCAAGCUGAAGAGCGGAAGUCCGACGGGUGAUCAGUACGGUUCGUCGAUUCAAGUGGGAAGUUACGGACACGUUUUAGUGGCUGAAGAAAAGUCCGAGGAGAUGUCGCCCGUGUCGGCCAGCAUCAUGAGCGACAGCAUGAUCAGAAGCACGAGUUUAAGCGCGAAUGGAAGUGGUAACGGCAGCGGUAGCGCCGUGGUACACAUACCGGAGGCAAUCUGCGCCACGGUUGACUCGGACGUUAGGAUAUACGUGGACGAUACCGAUUCCACGAGCAGCAACGGGCAUCGUAAAAAGAGGCUAAACGAGGAAACAACGGAUGCGUCGACAACAAUUUCCUCGGUGACUGCGGUACCAGAAGAAACCGACGAGAUGAAAGAAACUGAAGAGAGGUCCGAGAGGGCAUCCUCUGCUGGCCCCUCGGAUCCUUCUUAAUCCAGAAGCAAUCGAAGCUUCAACAUAUAAGUAUCUGUUACGUUUAACACGGUUCACCAACAAAAGUAUUGAUUUCCGUGAAAAAUUGCUAGCCAAUGCCAUGGUAUCCACGACGAUGUACCAUGGGGUGUGCUGCUACGAGGGUUCAAUAUUGGGCUCUAAGAAAGACUGUAGUGCAUGACAAUAUAGUCGUUAUAUUCUAGUCACUUUGCCGCUGUGAACUUGCCAAAAAGGAAAAGAAGGAAAACGUCGAGCAUUUACAGCAAGUCGAGAAUAAAAUGGCUAGGAAGUAUAGGGAGGAAAAAAAGUAUCUCAGAUGAUGGUGUGAGCUCUGGUGAGCUAGAAAGCAGAGUAAUAAUUAACAAAUAAUUUAAUAUCCAAUCGUGAACAGCUUGAUGCUGUUCCAUACAGCGCGUAUAAAAGUAUAACGCACUUAAGGACAAAAAGAGAUUUAAAAAAAAAAACAAAAAAAAAAGAAAAACCUAUGACAAUCUAUUAUUGCCAGCGGAAACGAUCUUACGUUCCGUUUAAAAAGCGUCGUGGAAGUCGAUUCGUAGGAAUUGGUAGGACGGAAGAACGACGUAGUCUGCGUCGAUAAUUAGGGAAUUUAGUAGGUCUUAGAUAAAAAUUUUGUCGAGUCUAUGCGACAACUGCAAUCAAUCGGACCACACUUUCUCGCCUUUCCUUUUUCUCCAGCUCGUCAAUAUUAUACAUUAUUAUAACCGCGUGUCGUUCGCAGGAAAGUUUCGAGAGCCGCGGUGGCUCGUGGUAGCUCUCGACGGAGGAACGAAAGGUGCCAAACGAUGCGAAAAAAAAAAAAAAAAACAAACAAAUGGUUAAUUACCGAAGUGCCAGAAAAUCUAGAUAAAACUUUCGGAAUAAAAAGUAGCUGUAGUCUUCGCGAUCGCAGGGAUGUUUAAACUGCGGAACAAAAAAAAAAAUAAAUAAACAGGUCGUUAACAUUAGACGUAAGAGCUUUGUAUUUAAAAUUUCUCUUAGAACCGACAUGUGGUUCAAAGGAAUGGAGAAAGAUCGAACGUAUAUUGUUACGAUUGGGCUAAAAGUAAUAAAAUAGCCAGUUCAUAGACUAGUCGAUUACAAUAUGGUAUUUUUGUCACCUCUUUCGCCAAUUCUAUGACUCUAGCUCGGAGCUUGAAGUAAAUACGAUUAGGAUCUUAAGACUAAUCCGACGUUGUGAUAAUCUUUAAUACAAAUUGAAACUCGUACAAUCUUAUCUCUAUGUCAAUUGGUUUCACUCGACUCGAGUUCUCCUGGAAAGCUAUGUCGAACCAGCUGCUGUGUACAUCCGAAUGAUCCUGCGGCGACGAACGAUUCUUAACAUUCUUAUCCUUCUCGUUUCCAUUUCCUCGUUUCUCUCUAUCCCUUUCUCUCUCUCUCUAUCUCUAUCUCGCGCGCGCGUUCUAGAACGUUCUUCUCGUUAACAUCUGUGAUAUACUUUAAUCGUAGUAUAUUUCCUAUAAAACGGCAACAACAACAGCAAACAUCUUAAGGAAACAGCGACGACAAGCAACAGUAAAAGAAACAAGAGAAAUAAAAAUAACAAUUAGGAACAAAAAAAAAAUAUGAGGUAGUAGCUGACUUUUUAAUAAAAUGAAGACAUGUGCGAGGCUCUGAGUAUAGUGAAAAGCAACAAAAAAAAAAAACAACAAAUAUAUACACGUAUAUACAUAAUAAAUAGAAAACUCUACUGUACAUACAUACACUUAUGAAUAUUCUAUACUAUACACUCGGUGUGGUUUAUUUUGAUACUACCGCGUGCGGUAAUAUUUAAUGAUUGUCGAGGAUAAAUUCAACAUACUGAAAUGAAGAAAUGUUAAAAUGUUAACGAUUCUAUGCCUUCUGACGUUGACGAACGUUGACGAACUCUUCGUGCGGUAGUGGUGCCCGCGCUUCGGGUAUAUGUACAGUUGUGCCAAGCGAGAGUGAGUUUUGAAAUGCGCAUGCCUGGCAGUUAGGUGUGGGCACAAAUGGAGGACCUUCUCCCACUACUACUCAGUUUUUGUUCAAAUGUUUCACCAAACUGUUUCAGAGCCAUUUUGGACUAGCCACGUUUUGUGUUGUGAUACACAGGGCCGGUUUUAGCAGUAUUGGCGCCCCGGGCAAGAUUAUAGUGGCCCCCAUUCAAGGGCUAAAAAACGAUAUAGGCAUAAAUGUCGCAGCAUAUAUAGCAUAUAUGUAAUAUUACAUAUGAGUUGUAGAUAGAGAGAAGAGACAAUGAGAAAAUAUCGGUAUAUUCGCAUACUAGGGACACCGGGCUGCGGCGCCCCCUGGACGAUUGCCCGACCGCGUGCUUCCCUAACGCCGGCCCUGGUGAUACAUGUAUAGUGCACCGAUGACAAGAUGUCCCAUGAGACAAAUGCAAAUGCGGCCUUCUCAUGGGACAUCUUGUCAUCGGUGCACAGUACUAUGGUAGUCUGUUUAGUCACCUCACAGGUGUACCUCUCGGCUAGUUUGAAAUGGACUGUAGACUUGGUAGCGUGUUUUUAGCUGUUAAUGGCUGUAUUGCUACUACCUGCUCCUUGUAUCAACACCGCAAGGCUCCGCCUUCAGUCUUCACUUUCGCUUGAGACUAUAUUUCCAAAUCCUACCACGUGUUACUACUUAGCAAAAGAGAAUGAAUCUUCAGGGAUAACUGUUUAGUUUAAGUAAAUGAGCAUGGAUGAUAUUUCUUUCUGUAAGGGCAAAUGCCCGCCAUUACUCGGCAGUUAAUGGUGGGAGAUUAUGCUUCCUACUUUUGCAUUUAACAUUUUGACGGUCACAUAUUGUGUGGAAUCCAUGGUAUUUGCAAUUUUAUGGUCUUUGUUGUACCCAAUAGGAUAUUAUUAAUAGAAUUGCGUUUGAAAGUUUCAUUUAACCUACACACUGUAAAAUUACCAAUUUUUGUAUUGUAGUUAAUAUCUAAUAGAGUAAAAAACAGGAAAGGAAAGUAUAUUAGUGUGAAAAAUUAAGCAUCAUAAUGAAUACCUGACAACGACCAUCCAAGUGUUAAGCAGCAGAAAUGAAAGAGAUAAAUAGUGAGAGGUUAUAUUACUGAAGGAAAGCAUCCAUACUCGGAGGUGUACAGUAUUGUCUUUCAUUAUGUUGCUCGCUUAGAUCUGUAUAUAUUGCGACAGAGCAAGGGCUUAUACCGAAAUUGAAGAUAUUGGUAUAAUAUCGGUAUUUUUCGGUUGCACUUACAAAACCCAUUUAGAAACCAAAAUACCGAAAUACCGAUAUAUUUACCGGUAAUUUUUCCGGUUUUCCUAUUUAAAAAAACUAUCAACACUUUUUCCAAACAAGAACUUAAAACCAAUGAAUUCUGUAUGUGUUGUCAUUAUGUUAAUUACAUUAGCAUAGUCACAUCAAAACCGAUAUAUACAUAUAUAAUACCGAAUUAAAAAUAAUAAUCAGCAUUUUUCCUGUUUUCAUAUAUUUCUGGUUUAAUUGGAGGUAAUUUAUACAAUACUUAAAAAUUGCGAGAAAAAAUGAUAUUGUGGUCAUCAUUGUAAAUCUACAAUGUCACCAAAGAAAAAACGAAAAAAUACCGGUAUUUAUUUCGGUUUCGGUACUUCAAUGUUUUCGAUUUUCAUCUAUUUCAUUUUAAAAUUAAAAAUUUUUUAAUAAAAUCUAAAAAAUUUUAAAAUUAAAUGCAACAAAGUGAGAGACUACUAUCCAUUUUUGUUCUGGUUCUGAUAAAUCAUUUGGGUUUAACAAUCACAUUAUUUUAAGAUAUUGCUCUAAUUCUCAUCCCUGAUUUGGGUAACCAACGUUCCAACAUCCUAAAAGUGAGAAUGAAAUGAGAAAUGAUCUUGGAAAGGUUUAAUUUAUUCUUCGUACUCACGUAGCUUCACAGAUAGUCACGUAAUGAAAUUAAACGAUCGAUAACACACAGGAUGAAUUAUUUAAUUAUUUAAGUAACAGGAGUGACGGCCCAAGUCUGAAUUGAUCUUAGGGGCCUUAUGCGUAGAAAGCAAGAAACUUUGGACGAUCCUUGCGAAUUCCUUUUCUGUAUUUUAUUACUACUCCACGAGAGGCGCUACUGUCGCCCCUGCGGACCCUUAACGUGUUCGAGCCCAAAGUAACAAGUGCAGUUUGGACAAAAUUAGACAAAAUCGUAAAUUAAAUCAUUAAGAAGCAGCAUAAUUAAUGUCGUGAUUCUUAAGAACACAUGUUGCUCCUAAGCAUCGCUACUUCAAUUGGUGUCGAUGUUGUUUGGCGAUUAUAUUUAGUAUAUUUCUACGCCUGAACUGUUUUAUGUCUCUUUAAUCAUCGUCUGGUAUGAGUAGAUCUACUCAAACGGACUCGAACAUGUUUAUUACUUCCUAAUUAUUUUAAUGAACAAAAUAGAUAGUAACUGAAAGAUUGAUUCCUACUUUUCGUUUAAUCAGUGCAUAAAGUCACUUAGCUGUAUUGGUUGUUGAAACUUCGUUCGAAAGAUCUAACUAAUCUUGUACGCACAAUCAUGCCUAGUCUAUUUACAAUGAAAAUUAGAAAUUCAUGUUUAAUCAACUAGAUUGUUGUUAUCAAUUAAAACGAUUAAACGGAAUAUUCUGCUAAAUCCAUGAGGAUGAUUUAGGAACGCGCGUCUCUUUGGCACCACGACCGAGUCUCGAUAGCUCGAUAGCGUUAGACGACUGACCUCCGAAUUAUAAUUUACUCUAGCCACGGGGAUAUGAUCGUGUAACCGCGCGCGAAAUCUCGCCGAUCAGAUGCACGUGUAUUGUUAGUAAGAAUACAGGAAAAACAAAAAAUAUAAUAUAUAUAUAUAAAUAUAUAAAAAAAAAAAAAAAGAUUAA